AUGGCCCCACCGCCCGUCCGCAUUGCCAUCAUCGGCCUCUCGCAGCACGCCACCACGUCCUGGGCGUCUCUCGCACACCUGCCGAGCCUGCUGACAAAUGCAGGCCGCCAGCGCUUCCAGAUCGUCGCGCUGUGCAACAGCAGCGUCGCCUCGGCGGAGGCGGCCAUCCGCGUCUACGGCCUUGAUCCGGCGACCGUCAAGGCCUACGGCAGUCCCGCCGACCUCGCCGCCGACCCGGACGUCGACGUUGUGCUCUGCGCCACGCGCGUCGACACGCACUAUGCGACGGCCCUGCCCAGCAUCGAGGCCGGCAAGGACGUGCUGAUCGAGUGGCCGAUUGCGGCGAAUCCGUCGGAGACGCAGCGCCUUGUCGCGGCGGCCAAAAAACACAGCGGGUCGUCCACCGUGUUUGUCGGCGUGCAGCGCCGCUACGCGCCAGCCGUGCGCAAGGUGAAGGCGCUCCUCGAGGCCGGGGCGAUCGGCCAGCUGCUCAACGUGCAGGUCAAUGCGCACGGCGCGGACAUGAGCCCGGGCCGGUGGCCGGCCGGGCUGAAAUACUUUGCGCAGCGGGCCGUCGGGGGCAAUCCCAUCACCAUCGGCGUCGGACAUUUGCUUGACGCCGUCGAGUCAGCGGCCGGCGACAUCGUUCCCGGUACGAUACACGCGCACAGCCAGCUGCAGACGCCAGGGAUUGCAAUCUUCGAUCCGGCGACCGGCGAGGUGACGGAGACUGUCACGUCCGACGUACCCGACCUCCUGUCCCUUCAUGGCCUGCUCGCUCCGCGUACGCACAGCAAGGAACCUGCCACGCUCACCUUCCAAUACCAGAGCGGGUACCCCUUCCCCGGACAGCCGGCGCUCGACUGGACGCUGACAGGUGCUGCUGGAAAAAUCCGCGUGGUCGAUCCGAGCGGCAUCUACUUUCAGGAGUCCGGCAAAGUCCGCGUGGGCGAGGACGAGGGUCCGUGCGAGGUGACCAUCCGGCUGCACCGCGCUGGUGCCGACGCAGCCGAGACCGUCCCGUGGGAAUACAGUGCUGUGCAAAAGGAAGUACCCGUGGCAGGGCGCUCGAUGCAGACGCUGCUGUACGCAUAUGCGGAUGCAAAGCGCGGCGUCGGUCCGGACGUGCGCCGCAGCUCUGACUGGCCGGACCUCGAACGGACGGCGGCGCGCGCGUACGAAAUUGACCGGUGGAUGGGGGUGGACGAGAACUGA